GAACCGCCCAAGGCACCCCGACUUUUCUUCUCGAGUGGGGCCGUGGCCAGGGGCUCGUCUUGCCUGGCCCGCCCUCGCUGGCAAAGUAUCCUCCCGCGGCUGCCUUGGGCGAGGCAAGCGUUGCUGCAGCCACAGAGCGCCGUGAGGCGGCUCUUUGGCAGAUAGGUGCCCUCCCGCGCGGCUACAAGUGGUAGCUUUGGUUUUGCCUUUCCUGAGAGAAAAAGAGAGGGACGAAGAAAGGACGAAAACUGUCUCUGAGGAAGGCAGCUUCUGAAGGCUCUCAGCCGGCACCCAGCAUGGCGGGGGCUGCCCCGGUAAAAAUGCCUCCCUCCAUCGUCAGCGGGACCCUGAGCCCGAGAGGCAAGAAGAGGCGAGUGCUGGUGGUAAAGGGGCCAAAGGCCCUCCGGGCCCCCGCGCUACAGGAGAAGGAGCUCUUCCCGCCUCCGAGCAAGCAGUCGUUGCCGCUGCCUGAGGGAAAAGAUGGAGACGCGGCGGGGGCGGCCUGUCCCAUGCUCGGUCGUCGGCGUCGGCAAGGACUGCACCGGCCCCGCCACGUUAGGACCAUCUUCGAGCCCCAGCAACAAGUGCAACCUCCCCAGCUGAGGCAGCCGCACCGUUUCCGGCCUGCGGAAGGGGUGAGGACGUGGUGCGACCUCUGUUGCCAUUACAUCUUCUCGGCCAGCCAGCGCUGCGCGGACUGCAAGUACACAUGCCACUCUCGCUGUCAAGACUUAGUACAUCUGGACUGUCAGCAGAAUGGAAAACUGAUGGAAUGCAGGUCUACCUAUGACAUCAAUGAUGGGCAGCUUUAAGACAAGCCUUUACUGCCUUGCGUUUCUUCUCGCUGCCUAAUGCAGUUAGAGAAGGUUGGCUUUCUGAUACCCCUAAUGCCCAAAGGCUUUGUAUCUGCGGUUCUUCUGAUGAAGA